GAGAUAUCUGCGUUAAUGUGAAUGACAACGUAUGGAUUACCAACAAGGAGGAGAUGGACUAUACAACGUUGCCGCAACUGAUUGCUCCACAGACUUCUCUAGAAUUUGACUGUAAACAACCACUUUCGUUCUUUCUCAGGAAGCAUAAAGUGGAUCAGCCAGGACCACCUCUUCGAGCAACUGACUUGUUGCGGCUAACAGCGACCAUGACUGGGCUUAGAAAGACAUUUCCAGCUUUCGAUAUCGAAGGUCGUGUAAUCAACAUUCAAUAUCCUAUUGAGUUUACGCAUAUUUCGCACUUGAAUUCUAUGGUGGUCGGUCAAACAGCCAAAGUCAAAUGGGGCGUGCAGAACACAUCUAACGUUGAUUUCGGUGCCCUCGCUCCAAACGGACGUCGUAUUCGUGUCAGGCUAGAGAAGAAGGCCGGCGAAGUUUCGCGUUCUGCCUUGAAAUUUGGCUUGAAAACGGAACAACAAGGUGUCGCCACCGUCCCUCCAGUGCAGACUUUGGAAAGAGAAUAUAUAUUUGAAAUUCCUUUGUUAAGAGCUGGCCAGACCUUACAAUUGGAAGCUAGUUUAGAGUUAAGUGAAGCGGAGAUAUUUGAAUAUGCGGAAUUUUGGAUAUAUCUGGAACUUGGACAGAUCACAGCACCCUCUUUGCCGAACGUUGUUCACAUUCAAUCUUUUAAUGUCAGAGUGUCCACGAUUUACCGCGGUUUCCCUGCAGGCUUUUAUCCGGACGUACUACUAGUGACGAACCAUAAAACAGCGCGCGAUGAAUACAUGGCCUGGGCUGACCUGCUCAAGCAACAGCUCGGCCUCCGAUUCUUUGUAUGGGAUAUAUCGCAAAUGGGUCAUUUCGGUUUCACAAGACCCAUACCAACCCUUUUUUCGAGCGAACCUACUACAUUAAUGAAGGAUCUUGCUGGCAAGACGAUGAUUAUAUUGGAUAACGAGUUUGAAUAUGGAGACUAUGCUCGAACGGUUACAGCCCUAAGUUUUGUAAUGAAGUGUGAGUGGCUGCAAGCAAUGCACGAAAAUGAUAACAAGUUUGUAUUUAAUUGUUUCAUCGAAAUAGCGUCACCUUUUUUCUUUGUAAGCUUACGCAAAUCUUCGCUCCCGGACAGAUUUUACGUAGUUUGUGCCAAAGCAGACAGAAACGCCCGUUUAGUUGCGUUAGAGGAAUUUGCAAGGACGCCUUUUGAGGCAUGGAAACAGACAAAGUAUUCAUUUGAGCACGUUCAAAACUUAACGCAUCAUUUGAUGGCAAUAACUGAUGACUCUUCAAAACAGACAAAUAUGUCACAAGCUGUCACUGCUUAUCGUCAUGAAAUAA